AUGGCAUUGAAUGAUAUAAGACAAACUAUCGAAGUUUCCGAAGAUGAGAAUUUCUCUGAUGAGCCAACGAUGGCAUAUUUCAGGGAUAAGCUAGCCAAAAUACUAUCUUUAAAUGUAAUGAAGAUAACAGUUAUUACAAUUUACUUUCUAAAUUUAUCAAUUGGAAUAUGGGGAGCAUUAACAAUAAAUUAUGGUGUAAACUUGGCAAAGUUAUAUCCCGAAGAAUCGCUGAUAACAAAGGGUGUUAAAAUUUUUUAUAAUAGUUUUAGCCGUUAUUCUUUCCCUUAUCAAGUAGUUAUUAAUAAAACAUUAGAUUAUUCGGAUGUAAAUGUGCAAGAAUCCGUAGACAAACUACUGAACAAAUUUGAACGUCUCCCAUAUAUUGCGGAUUCUCGAUUUACUGUAUCUUGGUUGAAAUUUUACAAAGAAUUCCAAAAUCAUCCUGUUGCAAAAUAUUCGUUACAUGGUUACAAUAUGUCCGUCAAAGAAGAUUUCUUGGAUGGACUUCGCGAUGUUUUCCUUAAAUUUAAAGCGGCACAGCAAUUCUCCAAUCAUAUUGUCUUCAAUCAGAAUGGAACAGAUAUUUCGAGUAGCAGAUUCUUUAUUUUUGUCAAUGAUACGUUAAGUUCGGCAGCCGAAGUAGAGAUUUUAAGCAAUUUGUGGAAAAUUGCUGACGAAUUCGACUUUCCUGUUCUGAUUCACGGAGCAUUGGCUCCUGUAUACGAACAAGGAAUCAUCAUUAAACGUAUAAUUAGAGAUUUAUUUUGGAUUACGUCUGUUUUAAUUAUGUUACUGUUUUUGCUGUUUAUACCGAACUUUGUUAUUGCUCUUCUUGUUGCGAUAUCGGUAGCAUCAACCAUUGUAGAAACUCUAGGUUAUAUGUCCCUGUGGGGUGUCAACGUAGACAUGUUGUCUGUGAUGAGUCUGAUAUUGUGUGUGGGUUUCUGCGUGAAUUAUCCGGCGCAUAUAGCUUACGCUUAUGUUUGUUCUGUUUCUGAAACUCCGAGCGAAAAGAUGAAAGACAGUCUUUAUCGUAUUGCUUACCCGAUAUGUCAAGGUUCUUUGUCUACUAUUUUAGGGAUUUUGUUUGUAUAUAGAGAUAUGUACGCUUGCAUUACAUUUGUGAAGAUUGUGUUUAUUAUUGCUUUAGAAACUGCAUUUCAUGCAUUGAUUUUUAUUCCUGUUGUUCUUUCAUUCAUAUUCUCUAUUUUUUCUAAAUAUAAUGUUAAACUACAAACUCAGGUGGAAAACAGAAAUUUUUUGUAA